AUGGCUAAGCAACUUUACAGAGGUGAUGGCCCCGUCGGUCGCGCUCGCACCCUUUCUGUCUCGAUCAUAAAUGCAAAUCCUCAGUUAGGUGUGUGGCAGGCAGCAGGUACAGCCAUAGCUCAAGCACCAAACCUCGAAGAGCUCCGUAACCCUGAAAUGGGAGGCUCAAAUAUAUCAUUUAACACGCAGGGCCACUCGGCCCGUUUUGCAGUACAGAAUCAUGACGGCGAGUGGGCACUGGCGACUUCUACUACAAAGCGACCUGUGUUCACGAACCCUGUAUUCAACAAGGCACCAUUCACAGAAAAUGCCAUGCCGGAGGAAGUCACCGGUCCCAGAAGAGAUCCUAAAACUUUGGAAGAAAGUCAUCGUCAUUCGCGCCAACGGCGACAGAGCCUCUAUGAGCGGCACAAGGGCGGCGAGAAGGAGAAUUGGGGACGGACAAUCAUUCAUGGUUUGAAAGCCCUUUGGAAGUUCUUUAAAACCCCGUCCGGAUUUCUCGUUACUAUUUACUUCCUCAAUAUUGUCGCAUGGGGAGCCAUGCUUUUCUUUCUCCUGCUGAAUGCGGCACCUGCUAUGAACCACCCAAGCGCUAAUGAUGUUAACUCCCCCCGCAAGAAAUGGCUAGAAAUUGACAGUCAAAUUCUUAACGCAUUAUUUUGCGUAACAGGGUUUGGGCUUGCGCCAUGGCGCUUCCGUGAUCUCUUUUUUUUUAUAAGGGCGACCUUUUUUGAAAAUCAAGAUUCAAUGAAGAGGCUUGCUGAACAAAACAAGUCCUGGUUUCGUCCACCGCCGACUUGCGCUGACCAAAAUGAAUUAGAAAUGACUUCGACAAGCAAAACUGAUGGUGCUGUGCACAUUGUGACCUUUACUGGUGAGCAAGCACCGCCAACUCCGCUGUGGAAGCUAGGAUUCAUCAUUUGGAUGAUGGUGCUGAACACGAUUCUGCAAGCCAUCCUAUGCUAUUACAUGUGGGCAUAUAAUAGAAUCAACAGACCUGUUUGA